AUGGAGAGUGAAACAAAAUUUCAUCUCCCAUUUCCUAACCUUGCCUUUACUUCGGUAAAUCCUAUGUGCCUUAUGCCAUGGAUUUAUCUCCCGAAUUCUCUCGAAAAAACAGAUACUGAAUCUCCAUUGAAAAAAACAAAAUACAACAGAACUUGAAAACGGAAAGAAGUUGAGCUUCUAUACUCAACGACCCGGGAUUUUUGCAUCAGAACAGGAAAAGAAAUCGACAAGUUGGACUAUAAUGAUUAUAACGAAAUCGCAAAAUAUGUUAAUAAACCUCCAAAGCAAUGCAUGAGCAAAAUUCAUGAGGUAAUAACAAGUGGGACUUUGCGACCUGGAAUUUGAUCUGAGCCCGAAGAUGAACGGUUAAAACAGCUUUUGGGUACUGGUAAGAAAAAAUGAGGAGAGCUGGCUAAUAUACUGAAUAAUGAGUUGCAUAAAGGAAUCAAAAUUAGGACAGGGAAGCAGUGCAAAGAGAGAUGGAAUAACCAUUUGAACCCUCAGAUUAACCGAGGAAUUUGAACUCCUGUAGAAGAUUUAAUGCUGCUGGAAGCUCAUAAGAAAUUAGGGAACAGAUGAAGCCUCAUUGCAAAAGAGCUCAACACUCGAACUGAAAGUUCUAUUAAAAAUAGAGUAAAGUCUUUGUUAAACCAGGAAAAACAAGAGCUAGACUCUUUGGAUUUACCUGGACAAGCAUUAGAUAGACUAAUUAUGAGAAAAAAAAUUGAGGCUGAGCAGUUAGAAAAUUUAUCAACAGAAAGCAAAGAUUUUGUAAUUCCGCUUGAAAAUUAUAAGUAA